AUGUUAGUCAACGUUGACCCACAUUCAACUGAUGAAAGUCACGAGACCGUUGCUGAAACUUGCGAAGAAAUGAACAGACCAACUCGUACCGAGAGAAGUUGUUUGACAGUCACAAACAUCCCUGCCAGUGUUUUUACCUCAGACAAAGUGAAGGUAGUUUGAAAUCUAAAGCAGUGAAACUUUGCAAUACGAAGUUUAGAAAAAUGUACUAAGUGAUAGCAUUGUUUUUUUUUUAUGUUUUGUCAAAUGUUAAUUCAGUAUCAACAAUUAAGCCACCCCCCCCCCCCAGGAAAGUCUCACCACCAGUCUUUCAGUAUCUGAUUACAGCUAAAUUUUGUGGGUCGAGAUAACAUGGGGCGGUCCUAUAUGCAAACUGGAGCUUAACCCAUUGAGUGGGCAGCACUCCCCCUUGACAAGUAAAAUCGUCUGGCAUUAGACAGAGUAAAAUAAUAAAGUAGGAUGCAUUGCCAUUUAAAGGGUUUAUAAUGAUUGAUCAUACAUUGUUCCCUGUCCAGAAGUAUCAGUCCAUACCAACCUAUUUUACUGUAUGGUCUUUUCAGGAGGUUUUUGAAGAACUGUUCAAACAACAUGGUGACAUCAUGUCUAUAAUCUACUUAAAAAGCUUCAGUCGAGCAAGAGUUAUUUACCAUAAUGAAAACGAUGCAACUCAUGCAAAAGAUAAGCUCCAUGGUUUUACAUUGGAAGAAAAGCGGUUAGGAGUUUAUUUUACACAGGUAGAAGGAAGCGGUGACUUCAGAUACCUAUCAUAUUAGUCCUUUAUGUAAAAUAAUUUUAUGUCAACUAGCUAUUCCUUAUCCUGACACUAAUGUAGUUCCUAAGCCUUAUUUUCCCUUUUUGUCCUUUUAGCCUAAUCUGUAAAUAUGCAUGUAUGGAUCAUGGAAGAAAUCUGAAGUGUCUUUAAGAAAUAUGUUUUCCCUUUACAAUUUGGUGGCUAAUUCCCAUUUUUUCAUGACAUUCCAGAACCACACAAUCUUCAGUUGAAAAAUGUGCAACUUCUUGAAGCAAUCCAAUUAUAGCAAUUUGUCCCCCCCCCCCCUUUCAUUGCAGCACUCAUCUUUGUACCUUUUGCCAGGUACCCCGUAUCACUAACAUAUCACAGUCGAGCACUCUCCAACUUCCCCCACCUGUCAAACAAUUCUUGAUCUCACCCCCUGCCUCCCCACCUGUCAACUGGAAACCAAUCACAGAAGGAUCCCCUGUCAUCAACCAUGAGCUCCUGGCAGCCAUAGCUGAACUUGAACCUGACGAACCUUAUGAAGCCCACCCACCUACAGGCAACCAACCGAGUAUCACCAUUCAUUGGUGUGAUGAUGAUGAUGCAGAGGGAAGCAAAGAACGGCCAAUGCGCAGUUUACCAAGACACAUGGUUCAAACACGAAAACCUGAUUCCAAAGCAAACUAA